CUGUUUUAUGACUCGGACAUCCCGUGAACUAUUAUGUGGAAAGCUUCCUCGAAUGAUUGGAGAAUCUUCUAUAAAAGAGGCCGAGAGAUGAAGAGUCUGCACCAUGCUCGUCGGUGCUCUCACUCCCUCUGGAACCAUCGGGGUGUCUUGGAAGUUGGUGUUUUAGUUGUAAUUUCUUUUUCUCGCCGUGGUUGCUCUAGGCAAACUCCGAUAUGGAAGCAGCCGUUGUGGGGAGCAAUGCUUUUACGAUAAAAGUCGCCGUGUGCGCUGUCCUAUUGCCGGUUCUAGUUAUCGCCUUCCCGGUUGGUUCAUCUGAUCUGUAUUCGAGUAGCCUGGAAUCGACGUUGCCUACGUCGACCGGUAGUGGCAUAAUUCCAGAAGAUGAAGCUGAAACAAAGAUCGUACUAGAAAACACCACACUCAAUGCUUCGGUGUAUAUCAGCAAUAGCUCUGAGAUGGUUGCGAUGGAUCUCAUCUUGCUGGCAAAUGAGAACGUCCCUGAUGAAAUCCAGCAUGAGCUCUUUGAAGGAGAUAUCAUGAUGCCAUCCCCGAAUAGCUCCUCUGAAAGUACACAUCCACAUCACACAAUCUACAAGAGAAAUGCUCUCGACGAAAGCUCAACGCGUUGGCCAGAGGGUAUAGUCCCCUACAUAAUAGACGACUCAUACGAUGAUAGUUCCCGACGGCACAUCAUUUCUGCAUUUACCAUUAUCCACAUAAGCACUUGCAUUCGGUUCGUGCCAAGGAUUGACCAACGGGAUUACAUUCACAUACUUCCAAAGAACGGGUGCUGGUCCUACAUCGGUCGUCAAGGAGGACGUCAGGAAUUGUCGGUUGUUAAGUCGUGUCUCUCCCGCAGAUGGGAGGGCAGCGUCGUGCACGAGCUCAUUCACGCCCUUGGGUUUGUGCACGAACAAUCUCGGCCGGAUAGGGAUGAAUUCGUCGAAAUCAUUUGGGAAAACAUCCAGGCUGAUAAAAGAAAUAACUUCCGAAAGUACAGCAUGUCCGACCUGGAAGAUCUGAAUACGGCUUAUGACUUCCACUCCGUCAUGCACUACGGAAACAAAGCCUUCAGUGUCAACGACCAACCGACGAUUGUGCCCAAGAACAAUGCUCAAAUGGGCAUGGUCAUUGGCAACAGGAGAGGUCUUAGCCGUAUUGACGCGAUUGAGUUGAAACGAUCCUAUAAUUGCACCUGCAGAGAUAUGGAUUCCCAAUGCAGUCGGUGGGCCAACGAAGGGAGAUGUGUGACUGAAGCAGACUACAUGCUCGAGUAUUGCAAGAAGAGCUGCAAAGUUUGUGGACCGGGAUCAAAAAAUGCAUGCAUCGACAAACAUCCUAGAUGUAACCACAACGACUGGAAGGCUAAAUGUCACACGAGGAAAGUAAGACGUCUUUGCAAGCGUACCUGCAGAGUUUGCAGCCCGAAGGACAGCAAGGAGUGACCCGCAUACUCUGCUACGGACUCAUUUUAAAGCGCCCUCGAUAGACACGUCUUCAAAUUCGGAGAACAGUGGAACAUUUUUUAGUCGUCAAGUGAGGAUGUUAGCUGCAACUCGGGGCCACCACCACGGUAUUAACUUUUUCUCAGCUCUUGAUUGGGGGAAAAGACAUUUAAAGGUUAUUUUUCAAAUGCAACGCAGAUUUUAAAUAGUCCAUGUCGUUUUGAGACGUUGCCUGCUUCACCUGAGAUUCAUGGAACCGUUUCCAUUGCACAGCGGUGACGACAGAUUUACAAAAGUUUUGUUUUUGGACGAAAUGUUACAAACAUCUCUGUAGAUUCAGGUGAGUCAACCUGAAGCAGCUAGAGAAGAAAACCAAUAGUUUGGAAAACUAGGGGUGCAAAAUAUACCCCUUAUUUCCUUCACUUCCGCAGUCUAUACCGAUGUGUGCUUACCAAGCACAAAACAAUGAAACUAGGACACUAACUGGAACGUGCUUUCCAUACACGUGGAUCUUACUUAAUAGUCUAGUUCCUAGACCAAAAGACUCCAAUAAUCUGUGAAAACGUUGGGUCCAGGGGCCAUCAGGAUCACAUGAUCAAAAGUAUAAGAAUUUUUCUCAUUUUCGAAAAAGUGUCUGAACCCAUUUUGCUGGCCGGGAUUUAAGGUUAUUUAUCGUCUAUGUUGGUAAAUAUCUAGAACAACUUUUUUUCUGACCCUUCUUCAUACAGUUUUAUUAGUGCUUCUUAAUGAUUAUUGCUGCUUUUGAUAACGCUUGAUGAGGCUGAAAUAUAAACACAGACGAACUCUCGAGUCUUAUAUUGAGACGUCCUAACACUACGUCAUAUAUACUUUUUGGUAGCGGCGUUACCUGUCUUAACGAAAGAGAUGUCGAUUGUUUUCAGGGCAGGAAACCAGUCUAGCAUUGAACUGCGGGAGAUUCGAAAUUCGUUCUUGUAAUUCUAGUAAGAUACAAUCCAAAAUUGUGUGCUAUCUAAGACAAUUAAAUCUCAGUCAUUUUCGUCGAAUUUAAUAUUUAAAUUCCAUAAUUCAAUGUGUUUGCGUCAACUUAGCUAGCUUCCCCGUAUUUUAUAUAUCGAUGCUGACAAUAUACAGAUUUAACUUUGAGUAAAAAUGAAUGCACUUUAAUGUUGUCAUGCCAUAACAAAAUGAUAUCCCUACAUGUGAACUUAUUAUAAGCUUUAAUAUUAUUGUAAUUAUUAUUGGUUUAAGCAUUAAUUAACAUAUUUCUUCUAUUUAUUGUGUUUCUAUUAUGUCAGAAACAGUACUUUGGUUUUAAAUAUGUUAAUAAUUGUGUGAACCAAUCGUCUUUAAUUUUGACUUGUGCGACUUCAUAAAAGCAUAACGAUUGACUUGGUUGAAUUUA